AUUCAACGAUUCUCAUACGACACACUCCCCAAAGUCCCGCCAUCAUUCUAUUUCAACAGCCCUAACCGCCAGCCCUCCAUACGCGGAACCUUCGGGACUCAUUUGACAGAGAAGGAAGUCAAUGGCCUCUGCGCUCCCUCCAGCCGCACACAACACCAACAGCCUGUCAUGGUCUGGUCCGGACCGGCAAGCUUGGAAGCAUGGUGACUCGGGGAGUGCGCCGCGCAACGUAGGCGGUGGAACCAGGGGCAGAUCGGGUGGUCGAGGUGGCAGAGGUGGGCGUGGUGGAAGGGGCGGCGGCAGUGGCAGGGGAGGCGCGCCCUCCAAUGCCAGUACAAAGCCCUCAGACGAUGCGCCGAAAUUGCAGGCGGAUCAGCCAAAGGGAAAACCGACUCCGGAUAUCCCCAAGAUUGUCGAGCCGCCGACACCCGCUCCCGCCGGUCCAAUCGCCGCUGCUGCGAGCAAAGCGUCAGGCAGGCCAAAGUCCACGAGGAAGGCCUCCGACAAUAAGAACACCCGCAAACCCGGACCCACCACAGACACAUCCGCUACACUCACUCCCAACCCGCCGCCUGCAGCAGCAGCUCGUCCUUCCAGACGAAGGCGCUCUCAGAACAAGGUUCUCCCCGCGCUGAACACGAAGUCAUCUCUUUCUUCUGAUUCGAGUGCCUUUACCGUGCAAUCCGCUCCCGAGAGAGGUGUAAUCACGAGCAAGGAUAUCCCACCACAUCUCAUGACGCCCUCCGACGCACACACCUUUGACAUCAAAUCGGACAUCGACGCUCUCGUCGACCGCAUGCGGUCCGUGGCGAUGGAAAGGCCUCAUACGCCCGGAAGCCAUAGUCACUUUGACUGGGCGAGCGACGACGACGACAGUCUCCCCGACCUUCCUGACUGGGGGAAGACGGACGUCAAGACAGAUGGGAAACCCUCCAUUAUUUCUCCCAUCCUCGAAGAUGCGCUAAGGCCUCUACCGAACAUCGAGGUCGGCUCGCCUUUCACUGUGCCACUAGCUACUCCGGAGUCUGCAGCUGCGUCUCCGGCGAAAGCUCCUCAUGAGGUUAUAUCGAAGGGCAAAGAAUCUCAAGCGGCACCACAGGUUGUGGGGGUGAAAGAGAAGAAGGAAGAGCCUCUAAGCGCCCUCAUCAACCUGGAGCAGUCUCGGGUUGGCCGUCAUGAGGAAAGCAAGGCUGGCGAGCCCAAGGAUUCACGACAGCCUACACAAGCACAGCCUUCGCAAGAAUCGACAACGUCACGCCUUGUACCUACCUCGAACCCGUCACCAUCGAAGGCACCCGCCAAGCUUCCGAUUCACCCGUCCCUACCGCCGAAACCAACCACGACUGUCGAACCGGCGUCCGCGAAGCGUCAUCCUCGACACGCUGAGCCGGGGCAUAAGCGAGGAAAUUCCAGUACGGGUUCGGCGGAGCAGAAGACUGAGAACGGUCUUGCGAAUUCGAUACACGCUUCGAAAAGCAACCUUUUGGAGUCGAUACACGCUCCCAAGAGUAAUCUCGCGGAAUCGACACAUUUGCCGAAUGGCGGUCUUGCAGAGUCGACACACGCCCCGAAGAAGGGCCUCGCCGAUUCCAUCCACGCUCCCAAGUCGGCAGCGACGUCAGGGGAGAAGGAACCGUCCCCCAGAGACCAUGCUCCCGAGAAAGGCCUGGCAGCAUCGAUACACGCCCCUCAGACCACACAAUCCGCGCCGAGUCACAUCUCCAGUCAUCCCAUCCCGGACGUGCUACCGCACCUCCGCUCGAGAGGUCCUGCACGAGGCCACCGCCAGCCGUACAGCGCCUCGAUCUCCAGCUUUCAGCAUCCCGACCUGGAUCGCGGUGCCCGGACUGACAACGCCCAUCACACCCGCACGCAAUCGUCCCCGCCGACCGGCGCGGGCAUCGGACACGCCCACUCCCGUUCGGCGCACGCGACGCGCCCGGUGAUUACGGGCGACGCGAUCUCGAGGCUUGCACGCACGCUGGGAGCGCAUGCGCCUCGCCGCGAGACUGCCGUUCCGGUUCCUGCUGCUGCCAAAGACUGAAGUGCCCGAGGUUCGACGUUGUUGCUCGAUUUCCGUAGUGCAUCGUAUCUUCCGCCCAUCUAUCACGAUAUUGCUUGUAUUUGAGCCUUGCUGGCCUCCCCGUUGGACAUUGUCAUUGUGGUUGAUCAUGGUGUCUAUACCCACACAAAUCGGUGCACUUGCCCCGCCUUACGGCUUCAUUUAAUGUCCCCCUGGAAUCUGAUUAGUGUUUCUCUAUGGUACAUGGCCCUGGAUAUGAUGAUGCAGAAGUCCUUGUUGAUCGUACACGCAUACUAGUGUCCCCCAAGUCACGAAAGCAAUCCUAGCGAUGCACUGGUGGGUGUUCAUCCCGAGCUGAAGUACGAUAACUCCAGGCCUAUUGCUUUUAUGGGCUUCGACCUGCUGGUCAGGUUCGAGACGAUCCCGAAGCUGACCAGCAUGUUUUUCAAACGUCCUUCCCACAAAAGGGAAAUGUCCUGUAGUC